AUGGUGCGCCAGAGGGGGCUUUCAAAUGCCUCAAAUAACUCUACUAUUUUAGAGCGGAACCAGGAGCUAGGGAGCAUGUAUGAUUAUCUUGCCAAGAUAAUUUUACUUGGACCAAGUGGCGCGGGAAAGUCUUGCGUAUUACAUCGAUUUGUGAAGGAUGAAUGGAGAGUGUUAUCGUCACAAACAAUCGGAGUCGAGUUCUCUUCGAAGAUCGUGAAGCUAGGAUCCGGUUCACAACGGAAACGAAUCAAAUUGCAGCUUUGGGAUACAGCUGGUACUGAGCGGUUUCGUUCAGUUUCAAGAUCAUAUUACCGAGGAGCUGCGGGUGCGAUCCUGAUAUAUGAUGUUACGUCUUAUGCAUCCUUCGCUGCUCUGCCGACAUUUCUUAUGGAUGCCCGAGCCCUUGCAUCUCCAAACCUCACUGUCAUUCUUGCAGGGAACAAAUCCGAUCUUAAUACCGAUCCCAUGUCACAUGGUAUCAUGGAUGAAAACAUGCGACCUCCCCCAACCCCUUCUAGCACAUCAAGCAAGCAAUCGUCGUCAUUCCCUCUCGAUUCAAGUAGUGGUUCUGUUCGAUCAAUAUCUGGAUUUGGGGCCGGGACAAAAAUGACCGCCACAUCUGCCCCCCAUGGCCGAGAAGUCAGUUCCGAGGAAACUACCAAUUGGGCCGCCAAAUCGCAUAUUCCUGUCGCCGUUGAAAUAUCAGCCUUGACCGGCGAAGGGGUGGAGGAGGCAUUUACUCGACUGGCUCGCAUCAUACUAACCAAGAUCGAGCUUGGUGAAAUCGAUCCCGAUGAUUCACAAAGUGGAAUCCAGUAUGGAGAUAGCGGGUUAUUCGGCCACGGAACUAGCGAGGCUUCAAGCAUUCGAAGCGGGAUGACAGUUGAUGACAAUGCCGUUCAGCUCCAGAAUCAGAAUAUUCGAAGGCGGAAGGCGAAAAAUACCUGGAGAAACGGGAUGCGGGAGUGGGAAGACGUAUUCCAGCUCAGUGGAUCACAUACUAAGAGGAAUCGAGGUUGCUGCUAA